ACGACAGUGUACGAAGAAAUUAAAAUCCGUCGCCGCUUUCGUCUGUUUAGGUUGAGUUAUCGGUGAAGCAACACGUGUUUCGCGCUUCUCACGAGAAAAACACCGUAAUGUUGAACACUUUGUGGCGAAAAUCAAAACAUUUUAUCGGAUAUCGUGCGAGUUUAUAGUUUGCUUGAAUUGUGUGUUUGUGGUCGCAGUAUUCAUUGGUUGCGUGUUUAAUAUGGAUUCGUGCCUAGGACUUCAUUAUGGUUGAUUGUUCUUGGGGAUGUACCUCAUAAUCUACGAACCAAAAAUGUUGGAAGUUCCUGAAGCUACAAGCGACAACAUAUCUGAAGCCAGUUUCGUCACAAGCAUAGAGGAGGCUGCACGGAUAGACCAAUGCACACAGACGCCGCCCAGCGGCAAAGUGAAGGCUAAGCUGCAAAGAUUCAACACCAGUGACCACAUUUACGAUAGACAUAGGCCAUAUAGAACAAAGCAAGAACUGCGACCGAAGAGUUUGGGACUGUGCGAGUCAUAUCCGUUCUUUGGGAAACCACCGAGCUAUGACGGGAGUCACGUUAAAUUAAAGCCGACUACCGAAAGCCCGACAAUAUCAGUGACCGCUCCCCACAGCCUCGAAUACGAUUGUACCAAAGGCAGUAUAACACCCAAUGGAAGUAUAACACCCAAUAUGGCCAGCAAAUCUGCGGCGACUGUACUGCUAAGCCCUGGUUACAUGCCAUGCCAGUGCAAUCAGUCCAUCAGAAGUGUAAGCGAAGUGGCCCUUGCGAUGCCUGGAAAUAACUGGAACGAUGAGGCACUAGCGCCUGGUUCGCCAGACGGAUUGUCCUGGCGAAGACUACAUAUGUCCAGAGCAAAACUGAAAGCCACAGCCACGACGUCCGAAUUGUUGUCUGGUUUCGCAAUGGUAGCAAUGGUGGAACUACAAAUAAACGAACCGACCAAUGUCCCAGAGUGGCUAUUCGUUAUGUUCGCGGUGUGUACAACAGUAUUAGUUGCUGUACACAUCUUCGCUUUGAUGAUAUCCACGUAUCUAUUACCCAAUAUCGAUGCAGUGAGCAAAAUGGAGCCAGGAUGUCCCUCAAGGGCACUCCGGGAGUCACCGCACGAACGAAUGAGGGGUUUCAUUGAGCUGGCUUGGGCGUUUAGUACAGUUUUAGGUCUCUUCCUGUUUCUGGUGGAAAUAGCUAUUCUCUGUUGGGUUAAAUUUUGGGACUAUUCGUUCGCAGCCGCCACCGCAGCCACUGUUAUUGUUAUACCAGUUUUAAUAGUCUUCGUGGCAUUCGCGAUACACUUCUACCAUUCCCUGGUUGUGCAGAAAUGCGAAACCUCCGUCCAAGACAUAAAACAGCUGGAAAAUAUGAAAAGAGACCUCGACACUGCCACUGUUAAGGUAAACAUGUACCCCUGAAGACAUUGAUGUGAUUUUCGAGAUUUUUUAAAUGUAUAAAAAAAUUCGCUAAGUUUUUUUAAAUAAAAUGUUUGAACCCUAACAGCUGUUACAAAUCAAUUAAUAACUUAUGUAUGCAGCUAAGAUUAACUACCAUCAAUGGGUUUCAAAGAUUUUAUAUAGAUGCGUUAUGAAGUUUUGGACAUUUUUAGAAGAUGGCUCUUAAAAACUUCUGUAUAUGACUCGAUAAAUGAUAAAACAACGACAAAACGAAUAUUUAUAAUCUCUUGGUUAAGUUUUAUUUAAUAUUCAACAAAUGAACACUAGAGUGCGUCUACAUAAAUUCAUACAUUGAGCUAGUUUAAAAACUAAAUUAAAAGUAUAUUUUUUUUAAACAAGUGAGUGGUGCUUGUCAACAACUUAUUAUGAGUGUGACCAUGUCUUAUAAUUCGCCAAAUAUCAUACUUAAUGAAACUUAGUUUUACGCGUCACUAUUGAUAUUUUUGUAUAAAUUUGUCGUAUUAUCUUUUUAAUACUUAAAUAAACUCAUGAUACUGUACUUUUUACCAUAAUUUAGAACAAUUUUGUGCCGGCCACAUUUAUUAAGCUCCAAACAUAUCAUAGCUCUAAACAGUCUACAAAUUGAAGGACGCUCUCUAGUGUUUUAUAAAUAUAUUUUUAGGUGUUACAGAGCUUGAUGGUUCUGAUUAUUGUAUAAUAACUUACUUAUAUGUUCAAAAAUGGGCGGUUUCUUGCCCUGUAUGACUGUCCAUAUUGUGAUAAGUAUUUUAGUUAAAAAAGGACCAAUGUAAUAAAAUUCCCUAUCAGUAUUCAUAUUGAUAAGAAUUAAUUUAAUUGUGAUAGGACAAUUUUAACUUAAUAAAAUA